AUGGACCCUGUUGGGACCAGCAAGCAGAAGAGAAGAGAGGAGGACGAUUACCUCGAAGAAAAGGUGCAGCUGGCGUCCAAAAACCUCUCUGUGCUCAAAAGAGCGAAGCGGUACUUCAAUGUGGACCAGAGACUCAUGUUAUAUAAGUCACAGACGAUCUUUGGAUCUGUUCGCAAUGAUUGCACGGAUUAUUACGUACUUUUUGAAGUGGGUCCACAUUAUUUGAAGCCAAUAUCCGAUCCUAUUGGAAACUGGGAUGGAUUAUUACGCAGAUCAAAUUCGACUUUGAAGAAUAUUGAUAAAGAGUGUGUUAUUACAAUGGAUUGCUUGAGCGUAAGUGAAUGCGAAGCAAACUCUAAUAGAUGGACAGAUACAAGUCAUCUCAUUGAUAUAUAUCCAGAUAAGACAUCAACUUCUGUAACAGAAAUAUAUGAAAAAAUUAUAGAUGGGGAAAAUUAUACAACAACGUAUUCAGAUGAGGCAGUCACUACUGAUAGUAAUACUGAUAGUACAAGUGAAACAUAUCCUGAAACAGAAAAAUCUGAUGACAUGUAUGACGAAACUACGCCGUUUACAAGUACUGAUAAUUAUAAGGAAAUUACUAUAAACACCAUUGAGACUACCAUAGACCCAGUUACUGAUGAAGAUAAACCAAAUACAACGAAUGACAUAAUAAACAAUGCAUCCACAACCAGAAAUAUUACAAGCGACAAAUAUAAAAUGUCAGAAAAAAAUAAAAAACAAUUAAUUAUACUAGUACAAAUAUUAGGGGUAGCUGUCGUUGGUGGUGUGAUAGCGUAUUUUGUUAUAAAGAGAAUAAAGACAGUUCUGCAGUCGGGGACAUACAUAUUUCCCGAUCCAUAAUACCAACGAUUGGAUAACUUGGUAAACUUCCAUUAAUAGUUAUAUUUAAUAACACUAAAUUUAAAUGUUGGUGAUAUACAUAUUAGUCAUAUACACGAAUAUAUGUAUGUUCCAAGUGUAUGUAGCACAUAUACAUUUCGAACCAAAUGACUCAUACAUAUAGAAUUCACGCCUAUGGUACAUAUAGAGCAGGCAGGAACUUACUAAUAUUUAUUUAUUGUAAUUCUUUUUUUUUAACUAGUAAUAUACCUGCCUAAAUGUAAAUAUUUAUUAUUAAUUAAUACAUAUGUUUGUUGUAAAUUCUAAAUUAUUUAUUUAUAAAAAUACAAAACCUGCGACUUUUAC